AUGGCGAUUUCCUUGUCAAAUUUCCUCGUUUCACUGCUACUUCUCGGUUCGACUGCUCAGGCUGCGACUGUUACGUACGACUUCGAUGUAGUAUGGAUAUAUGCGAAUCCAGAUGGACAGUACAAUCGCCCAACCAUUGGAAUCAAUGGACAAUGGCCAAUCCCAGCUAUUGUAGCAACAAAAGGCGACCAGGUCAUUGUCAACGUCAAGAACUCGCUGGGAAAUGAGUCGACGAGUUUGCAUUUUCACGGUUUGUUUAUGAAUGGCACGACGCACAUGGACGGCGUGGUUGGAGGUACCCAGUGCGGGAUCCCUCCAGGUAGCUCUUUUACGUAUAAUUUUACAGUCAAUCAACCAGGAACAUAUUGGUACCAUAGUCAUGAGCGUGGUCAGUAUCCUGACGGUCUCCGUGGACCGCUCAUCGUGCAUGAUCCAGAGAGUCCACACAAGGAUCUUUAUGAUAAGGAAGUCGUCGUAACACUAUCUGACUGGUACCACGAUUCUAUGCACAACCUUCUCGCAAGCUUCAUCAACAUUGCCAAUCCCUCGGGCGCAGAACCCGUGCCUCAGGCAGCCCUACUCAACGACACCCAGAAUCUGACUGUCAGCAUCGAACCAGGCAAAACAUAUCUCUUCCGCAUGGUCAACAUGGGCGCUUUUGCCGCCCAAUACGUUUGGUUCGAGGAGCACACCAUGCGUGUUGUUGAAGUUGAUGGCGUGUACACCGAGCCCAUGGAAGCGGACAUGAUUUACCUAACUGCUGCUCAACGCUACAGUGUGCUCGUCACUGCCAAGAACGAUACAAAUUCCAACUUUGCCUUUGUCGGCAGUAUGGACGAGGACCUGUUCGACACGGUGCCCAAAGGUCUGAACCCAAAUGUCACGGGGUGGCUUGUAUACGACGACAAAAAGGAGCUACCAGCUGCGAAGGACGUGGAUGCUUUUGAGCCCUUUGACGAUUUCAAACUCGUGCCGUGGGAUAAGGAAGGAGCAUUCGAUCAUGUCGACCAGUCCAUCACUCUCGACGUCAAGAUGGAUGUCUUGAACGACGGAGCAAACUACGCCUUCUUCAACGACGUAACCUACGUUCGCCCCAAAGUCCCCACCCUCUACACCGUCCUCUCCACAGGCCCCAACGCCACCGACCCCAUCAUCUACGGCAGCAACACCAAUGCCUUCAUCCUCGCCCAAAACCAAGUCGUAGAAAUCAUCCUCAACAACAUGGACCCCGGAAAACACCCCUUCCACCUCCACGGCCACACCUUCCAAGUCCUCCUCCGCAGCGACGCAGAAGCCGGCUCCUACAACACAUCUUCCUCACCGCUUUCCCCCCAGCAAAACCCCAUGCCCAUGCGCCGCGACACCAUUCUCGUCCGCCCAAACGGCCACCUCGUCCUACGCUUCCGCUCCGACAACCCGGGCGUCUGGCUCUUCCACUGCCACAUCGAAUGGCACGUCGCCUCCGGUCUCACCGCCACCAUCAUCGAAGCCCCACUAUCCGUCCAAAGCCAACUCGACGGUAAAAUACCCCAGGAUCACUGGGAUGUGUGUCGUGCUGCAAGCGUCCCGACGCAGGGGAAUGCCGCGGGGAAUACGCGCAAUCUGGAGGAUUUGAGGGGCGAGAAUAGGAGUCCUGGGAGGUUGCCGGAGGGUUUUACCGGAGGCGGGAUUGCGGCGUUGGUGAUGAGUGUGGUUAGUGCGUUUUUGGGUAUUGGGGUUAUUGGAUGGUAUGGUAUGAAGCCUGUUGGGGGUUAG